CUUUCAAUAGGAUGAGACGGAUCUGGACCAAGGCUCUUGUCUCUUUCUCAACCACUUCGAUAUUUUAAUUUGCAACGCAUCGAGUAACAGAACCUCGGGACACACAUAGACACAAGAACCUGGCAAUCUGUGCAAGCUAUGGAUACAUCCAAAACCAAAAGAGUCAGAAGGAGAAAGGCUUGCGAUUUAUGCUACCAUAAGAAGAUUAAAUGUGACGCAAAACAGCCACGGUGUUCAGGGUGUAACCUAUACAGUUCGGAGUGCAUUUACACUGGUCCGACGAGGGCAGCCGCCAUGAAGUCCAAUCAAGUCAAGAAAAUUGAGAUGCUGGAAGCAAGGCUAGCACAACUAGAGGCACAGAAGCAGCCUGUGCCCCCGGCAGCCAAGCCAGACUUCGCUCUGACGUCGAUAGAUCCGGGUACGGCGACAAGUAUCUCUGAAGAGGAGCAUAAUCUCUGGGCUGCAAGCACCGGCUCAACACUGGACGAAUCACCCAACUCUUCUGCAAACCCGGGCUCGAGCUUCUCAGGUCACGAGUCCAGCAUGACACUCCCACCUCUCCGUCAGAUCUUGCCUUCAAUAGAAGACUACUUUCGGAACUCCAACCAAGUUCUUCCGCUGUUCGAGCGAGAAGCCUUCGUCAAAAUGCUGCGAAAUUGGUACGCACACCUAGCGCAUCGUAAAUCAGACGUCUGGGCCGCCAUCAACGUCGUCUUAGCCCUCGCCCAUCGGCACUCCUACGCGUCCAGCUACGAAGAGACGCAGAAUAUGCAACGGUACAUCGACAACGUUCAAUCAGUUCUAAAUAAGUUGGUAAUCAACGAUCCGAGCAUGCUGGUCUUGCAGACCUUGCUCGGAUUGGUCCUGGUCUUCCACGGCUCGGCAGACCAGGGCCCGGCGUCCAUACUCAUAGCAACUGCAAUCAGGCUGUGCCAGAGUCUUAGACUUAAUACGAAGUCUACCUCGCAAGAUUUCGAGCCGGCUGAGGCUCUCCAGAGGAGCCGAGUCUUUUGGGUCGCGUUCAUACUUGACCGCGAUCUAUCAAUGAGAUUGACGCAGCCACCUAUUCAUCAGGAGUCUGACAUCGACAUAGAUAUCCCAUGUCUAACUCCUCCAGACGAUGUAGGUAUGAUUAUAGGCUUUUCUGGCCAAAAGUUCAAUUACUUCCGCAGCUCUGUUCAGCUCGCCUAUAUACAAGGAAAGUUAUACCACCUGUGUCUCUCCGUUCGAGCUCUCAAGCUUCCAGACCAGGAAAGAAGUCAGAACAUGCUUCGUGUUCGAACGAUGCUGGAGAAUUGGCAAUACUCGAUACCUCUCGACUUCCAGCCAGAGCUUGUAGCAGCGACCCCCGGCCGCCACGGCGUUAAAUACAACAACAACAACAACUACACCCACCUGCAGCUCAUCGCGACAACGCACUACGCAGACUCGCACCAUCUCGAGUGGCUUCAAGGGCUGCUCAGCUGUAACAAGGGGAACACCCCGGCAGCCCGGUCCGACUUGGCAGCACGGCUUCCGAAUUGCUGGGAAAAGCUGGUCACGGGGGCGCGAACUUGCAUGCAUCUCUAUGCUGCAACACCUGAGAACGACUCUGCUCUCACUUGGCUUGUGUCAUGCGGCUAUUUGACGAGCAUCAUGUUCAUCACGGUCAAUAACCUGGCCUGUCCAGAUAACCCGUACCGACUUGCUGAUCAAAGCAAUGUCGACUCAGCCUUGCUCCUCCUCGAGCGUCUAAUCAAUGCUACAGACGAUGAACGACUCAAGAGGAUUCACAGUGCUUGCAAAGAAAUCAACGAGAGAGCGCGACUUAUCAUUGUAUCAAGGCUAUCAGAAGAAUUCUCACAAUUCGAUCCUCCCGGGCUUGAAUUCGGAGACGAAGACCCUCUUGAUGACGGACGAUGGGGAUUAGUAGGCGGCGAUUCCUGGGCGAUAGACGAGUAUGCCGCAAUUUGAUCUUGUCAUUCUGAAAAAUAAGGGCAUCGAGGCAAGUCCUAAGAAAAGAAAAUCAGGGCAGGGUUGAGGGUGACAUCUCAGAACAGUGGCAGGAGCAACCUUGGACUGUCCAAAAUGUCGUUACUCCUGAUCGAGCGCACCCUUCGAUCUCUUUGUCCGCAUUACAUGCUACAAUAUCUACUGUUUUGAGUGAC